UACAUUUUUAUAAAUGUUUAUACUUAUAUACAUAUAUAUAUACAUAUAUAUAUAUAUGCAGAUCUAGCUUAUACUUAUAUACUUGUAUUGUUUAUAUAUAUAUAAAUUCUGUGUACGAGUACAGUUUUCUGGAUUAGAAGAUGAUGGAACGUGAAGUAGUGAAAGUUCGAGCGGACAUGGUUGCCCAACGCUUAAAAUGCAAUCUUUGUCAAAACUUCCUUGAUGACGCCACUACUAUAGUUGAAUGCCUCCAUUCCUUUUGUCGGGUGUGCAUUGUUAAGAAGAUAACAGAGGAAGGGUGCAAUACCUGUCCAGUAUGCAAAGUCGAAUUGGGUGCUGUCCCACUUGACAAACUCAGGUCAGAUUACAAUUUGAAACAACUAAGAGAAAAACUCUUCCCUCCCAAACUUAUACCGAAACCCAAUCCCGAAACCAAAACCAAAAAGGCUAACAACAAAGAGGCAGAGGCACAUGAUGAAAGCCAUAGUAUGUACUCAUCAUCAGUUCCAGUGACAGCUAAGAAGAAGGAGCGAUCUCUUUCGUCAUUGGCAGACACUGAAUGUAAAGUAUCAGCACUCAAGCCCCCCCUUUCUGGAUUAAGAAGGAAUCCUCCUAGAAACAGUUACAUCCUCAGAGAAUCAGCUAUUCCUAUUAGAGAAGACUAUUUCAGAGCUAAAGUUUAUGUGAAUAGAAAGCAUGGACAGAAGAAUGCUACUGGGUCAUCUAAGAAUGGAGUUCAGAAUAUGAGUACAGAGAACAAUGCCAAGAUACUGAAAGAGAAAGUUGCAGCAAGCGAUAUAAAGACUGAUGAUCAGGCCAAUACACAGGAAGCAACUGUUACUAAUAACCCUGUUUUAACUGAUCCUCCUGCCACAGUUUCUAAGGUACAAGGAAAAAGAUUCAGAGGCCGUGGUCGUGGUCGUGGUGGUAGCCGUAGUCGUGGAAAAGAUUCUGCUCCAACACUUUCAAAGACAGAAGAAAUAGUUCAACUAACAAGCGCAACUGUCACUGAGGGACAACAUAGUGUUCCUCCGGUUGAAAGUAAGGGUAGCGAUUUUUCCACCGAGGGGCAGCAUAGUGUUCCAGUUGAAAGUAAGGAAAGUGAACCUGCCACAGAAAGACAAGAUAGUGUUCGGGUAGAAAGUAAGGGUAGCGAACCUGCAGAGAUCAGAUUCUUUAGUCCAAUUUGGUUCUCCUUAAUUGCUUCCCAUGACCAGAAAGUAUAUCCACCUUUGCCUCAGCUAUCCUCACGCUUUUUGAGGGUUAAAGAUGAUACUGUAACUGUCUCUUUGAUCAAAAAGUACAUAGUGAAGAAACUGAAUGUUUCUAGCGAGUCAGAGGUAGAGAUUUUACUGAAAGGUGAACCAAUGAGUUCAACACUACAACUGCGCAGCUUGCUGGACAUCUAUGGCCAAUCAAUGUCUUCUGAGAAUAUAGAGACGUCACCGGGCAGCUCAGGCGAAGAUGUGGUGAUGGAUCUAACCUAUGCUCGAAAAGCUCAGUCUUGAGUAAAUCAUAGUCAUAUCUCUUUUUCUAUGAACAACAGUUAUAAUUUGGAGUAGCAUCAAGGAUUUCAGUCAGCAUAAACAAUUUCAUGUUAUUUAUUUGUGAUCCUCUCUUGCCAAUGUUUCCUAAUUGGUUUUCCUUUUAAAACAAGGUAAAUGAGCUGAAAGUGAAUAAGUGAAGCUAGAGUAAUGAUUUCUCAUUACAACAAUUUCAUAUCUGGUUUCAAAAGUAGGUCUUUUCCCAACUGAUAGAUUUGAACUUGUAAAGUCAAAUCCCAUUUUUCCAAUUUAAUUUGGUCUGUAAUUUCAUUUGGCAUUAUGACAAUUUCUUUUUUUAGUGC